GAGCCGACUCCCAGUGCCGACGCGUGCUAGCCUCGGCCAGGGAACGCGGGAGGGAGGCUGCCGCGGACGCCACCAGAGCAGCGGGCAGAGCCGAGAGGGCUGGGAUCGCGCCUCCGGCGGCUGCGGGUGAACCACGACGCCGCAGCUCCUGGCAGGCGCCGAGGCAGCCGCUGCGCGGGGACCGCCGGGCGGCGCCUGGGUCUGCGCGCGGAGAGCAGCGGGAGCCUCCGCCGAGCAGCGAGCAGCUAGCAGCAGCCCAGUGCAGGAGCGCUCCAUCAGGUGCUGGCUCUCCUCUGCACGGUGAUUCAGAGAAGAGGCUUUUUCCAUCCUGCAGUGGCCUGAGCUCUUAGGGAUGCAGAAUCCAUGAGGAUGAUGAGCAGAUGUUUUGCUAAUAAUGAGAAGAUGUGCAGGCGCCAAUACACAGGAAGAGUUUCCAGCUCAUAAGGUGUGAAUGAGCCCAAGGGAGGCCAAGCUGUCACUGCCAGAAGAAUCCCCAAUUUCCAUGUCAUUUGCAGGAUCUUGCUGUGAAAUGAACCAAGCUGGGACUUGUCGGCUGCUUCCUGGCAUCUCUUGUUGAGUAUUCUGAGCCAUUGUCUCACUGUUGUUCUAAUUGUGUCCUCGUCUUGCCAAGACAAACAGCCCCCGACUCAAGCAGGCAUUCCUAGGCUCAUCCACCAGCCUGAACAUGACCACAGGCAGAGCUGAUGACAGCCAGGGUUCCCAAAGGACACAGGGCCCUGCAGGGUCUGGCCCCCAGGAGCAGGACCUCUCAUGAUGCUGGUGUCCUGGAGUGAGCACCAUGCCCAUCACCCAGGACAAUGCCAGGCUGCACCUGCCCCUCCUCUGCCAGUGGCUGCAGAACAGCCUGCGGGAGGGUGGGGACGGGCCGGAGCAGCGGCUGUGCCAGGCGGCCAUCCGGAAGCUGCAGGAGUACAUCCAGCUCAACUUGGCUGUGGAUGAGAACCCGGUUGCUCCUGACCACAGCCCCCCAGAAAUGGAGAUCUGUACUGUGUACCUCACCAAGCAGCUGGGGGACACAGAGACCGUGGGCCUCAGCUUCGGAAACAUCCCUGUUUUUGGGGACUAUGGUGAAAAACGCAGAGGGGGCAAGAAAAGGAAAACCCAUCAGGGUCCUGUGCUCGAUGUGGGCUGCAUCUGGGUAACAGAGCUGAGGAAGAACAGCCCGGCGGGGAAGAGUGGGAAGGUCCGGCUGCGGGACGAGAUCCUCUCCUUGAAUGGGCAGCUGAUGGUCGGAGUUGACGUCACUGGGGCUAGUUACCUGGCUGAGCAGUGCUGGAAUGGCGGCUUCAUCUACCUGAUCAUGCUGCGGCGCUUCAAGCACAAAGCCCACUCAACUUACAAUGGCAAUGGUAGCAACAGCUCGGAACCAGGAGGGACGCCUACCUUGGAGCUGGGUGACCAAACUUCAAAGAAGGGGAAGAGGACAAGAAAGUUUGGAGUCAUUUCCAGACCUCCCACCAACAAGACCCCUGAGGAGCGUAAGAACAGCUCAGGUUGUGAGCCUGCCCACAGCGCCAGUGCCGAGCUGGAGAAUGGCAGUGCAGACCCUGAGCUUGGAAACACACUUGGCUCUGAGCUGGAGAACGGCUCACCUUCUCUCAAGGAUGGGGCUGGACCCAACCUGGAGAGGUCAGAAGAGGACAAAAGGGCAGAGCCCACAAUUCCAAAGACAGAGGCUCCUCUGACCACGGGCAGUGAUAAGUGCCGUCUCUCCAAAGCUGGGAAGACAGACUCCCAGUCCAGUGACUGCCUGCCUCGGGAGGAAGUCGGUCGGAUAUGGAAGAUGGAGCUGCUCAAAGAAUCAGAUGGGCUGGGAAUUCAGGUUAGUGGAGGCCGAGGAUCAAAGCGCUCACCUCACGCUAUCGUUGUCACGCAAGUGAAGGAAGGAGGUGCCGCUCACAGGGAUGGCAGACUGUCCUUGGGAGAUGAACUGCUGGUGAUCAAUGGUCACUUACUGAUCGGGCUGUCCCACGAGGAAGCCGUAGCCAUUCUUCGCUCUGCCACAGGAAUGGUGCAGCUGGUGGUAGCCAGCAAGGAAACCUCUGCAGAAGACCUCCUCAGGCUGACUUGUAAGAGCUUGCCAGAUCUGACCAGCUCAGUAGAGGAUGUGUCCUCUUGGACUGACAACGAAGACCAGGAGCCAGAUGGGGAAGACGAGGAAGGGACCAGCUCGUCUUCCAGCCAGAGAGUGAUGCCUGGGACCGAUGAGCCCCAAGAUGUGUGUGGCCCUGAGGAAUCCAAGGGGAGCCUGCAGAGUCCCAAACAGGGCAGCAGUAAGCUGAAGCUCAAGAGUCGGCUUUCAGGGGGCGUCCACCGCCUGGAGUCUGUUGAAGAAUAUAAUGAGCUGAUGGUGCGCAAUGGGGACCCUCGAGCCAGGAUGCUGGAGGUUUCCCGAGAUGGCCGGAAGCACUCCCUUCCUCAACUUCUGGACUCUUCUGGGACAGGACAGGAAUACCACAUCGUGAAGAAGUCCACCCGCUCCCUGAGCACGACUCAUGUGGAAUCUCCUUGGAGACUCAUCCGGCCAUCUGUUAUCUCCAUCAUUGGGUUGUACAAAGAAAAAGGCAAGGGUCUUGGCUUUAGCAUUGCUGGAGGUCGAGACUGCAUUCGAGGCCAGAUGGGGAUUUUUGUGAAGACUAUUUUCCCAAAUGGGUCAGCCGCAGAGGACGGAAGACUUAAAGAAGGGGAUGAAAUCCUAGAUGUAAAUGGAAUACCCAUAAAAGGCUUGACGUUUCAAGAAGCCAUUCAUACCUUCAAGCAAAUCCGGAGUGGGCUGUUUGUGCUCACAGUUCGCACCAAGCUACUGAGCCCCAGCCUCACGCCCUGCUCGACCCCCACACACAUGAGCAGAUCAAGCUCUCCAAACUUCAACACCAGUGGGGGGACCUCAUGCGACGAAAGCAGCUCUUCCUCUGUGGGACGGAAGGCCCCGGGACCCAAGGACAGAAUCGUCAUGGAGGUCACGCUCAACAAAGAGCCAAGGGUUGGACUGGGCAUUGGUGCCUGCUGCCUGGCUUUGGAGAACAGUCCUCCUGGCAUCUACAUCCACAGCCUCGCGCCUGGGUCAGUGGCCAAGAUGGAGAGCAACCUGAGCCGCGGAGACCAAAUCCUAGAAGUGAACUCCAUCAACGUCCGCCAUGCGGCGCUAAGCAAAGUACACUCCAUGCUGAGCAAAUGCCCUCCGGGACCCGUUCGCCUGGUCAUCGGCCGCCACCCCAACCCCAAGGUUUCCGAGCAGGAAAUGGAUGAAGUGAUCGCGCGCAGCACUUACCAGGAGAGCAAAGAGGCCAGUUCCUCUCCUGGCUUAGGUACCCCGCUGAAGAGUCCCUCUCUUGCCAAAAAGGAAUCCCUUAUGUCUGACCCUGAAUUCUCCCAGUACUUCGCCCACGAUGCCCAGGGCUCCCUGCCAGACUUCAUGGCACCUGCCUCUGAGGAUGAGGAUCACCCGGGAAGCGGCUGUGGCACAUCCGAGGACGGCAGCCCAACCCCCAGCGCCUCCACUCACAGGGAUCCGGGAAAACCCCGGGCCAACAGCCUCGUGGCUCUUGGAAGCCAGCGGACCUCUGGCCUCUUCCACAAGCAGGUGACAGUUACCAGACAAGCCAGUCUCCCCGGAAGCCCGCAGGCCCUCAGGAACCCUCUCCUCCGCCAGAGGAAGGUAGGCUGCUAUGAUGCCAACGAUGCCAGUGACGAGGAAGAGUUUGAUGGACGGGACAGCAUUUCACUCCCAGGAGCCCUCCCAGGUCCCAGCGGGGCCCUGACGGAGGAUGGCACCAGGCGUGUCUCCAUGACCUCUCCCAAAGCUGUGGACAUCAACAUCCAAGAGGAGCCGCCCCAGAAAACACUGGUUAGCAAGGCCUCCUCAGUGCCGCUCCUGGGCAGCUCACUGGACUUAGAGGAGAAUGUACCAGAGGGUGUGGCACCUGCUCCUUCCCAGGCAGCCGGCCGAGCCCCCAAGCGAGGCCCUGGAGGCUCAGGAAGAAAGGAACUGUCAGGAUCUCGGAGUUCACCCAAAUUGGAAUACAAGGUUCCUGCAGACACCCAAGGUGUGAUGAGCACAGAGAACCCCAUUUCUCCCAGAAAGAACAGUGAAGACCUGGGGUCCAGGCACAAACCAGUGACCAAGGUCAGCCCCCAAUGCAAGAGACCUACAGCUGAGGCAGCAGCCCUGACCGGCAAGGCCAGUGGGCCAUGUGAUCAGGACGCGAAGGUCCAAACUACUCCCGUCAGCGGGAUCAUCACUGGCCUGCAGCCAGGGAGAACCGUGGAGAAGGAACCUCUGGGAAAGCUGGCCCCUGGGGACGGACGUGUCCCCACUGACUGCGGGACACCCAGAGCUCUGUCCCACAUGGACACUGGACGCCUCACAGAGAACCUGCCCGAAGCUGCAGCAGAGCAGGGACCACACCCCGAGACUGGACCACACAGCUCCCCGGCUCUCCUCCCUUCCCCAGGAAAGAAGGAAGCCACUUCUCUUCACCCCAGCAAGGUCUCCACAGACACAGGAAGUCCCAGCCAGCCUGCCUCAUGCAGGGCCUGCGAGCCCGAAUCCCAGGGUGGCUCUGCAGUGAGGCUGCCCGGCGAGUGCCACACAUCCCCAGUGGGGACAGCAGUGGCUCCUCCUGACCUCAGCGAGACCGAGGCUGCACCAGGAGCCUGUGCACCCCAUGACAUCGUGAAAGUGGCUGUCCCCAGCAGUGCGGGGCCAGGGGCUGAGGAAGCCGCUCCAGCGAGCACGGUCCUCCCACAAGACCCGCGCACCUCCCAGGAGGGGAGUCAAGGAGCUCCAAGUGACCAUGGGAAGGCCCCUGCAGUGACUAGAGUUGGCACAUCUCACAGCUCCCAACAGGCUGCUCUGCUCCAGGGCCCAGAUUUUCUGUCUGCAAACCCCUUCCUACCAGCAUCCACAGACAGGAUCAAAGCCACAUGUGACAGUAUCUCGGGGCACUGCUGUCCAUCUGGGAGCAGAGGGAGCCCCGUGACGGACAUCGACAGCUUCAUCAAGGAAUCAGAGGCUUCUACAGCCAGGCUCCAGCCUUCUCAGAAGGGAAACAGUGGGUGUCAUGAGGAAAGCGCCCACCUUGCCCAGCCGGGCACAGGCGACCGGUCACCAUCCCCAAAGAAGGCCUGGGCUGCUGGUCCUCCUGUGGUCCCACAGUGGGCCUCCCAGCCUUCAGUUUUGGAUUCCAUUCAUCCUGAUAAACAUUUUACUGUGAACAAAAACUUUCUGAGCAGCUAUUCUAGAAACUUUAGCAGUUUUCAUGAUGACAGUCUCUCCCCAUCAGGCCUGGGCGACAGCACAGAACCAUCUCUCUCAUCCAUGUAUGGCAAUGCCGAGGACUCAUCUUCUGACCCAGAGUCACUCACUGAAGCUGCACACAUGUCUACCAGAGCCAGCUGGUCACCUCCUCAUCCUCAGGGGUCUUCUCACAAGGAGGACACCACAGAAUCUGAGGAAGAGCCCGUUGAAAUUUGUUCCACAAAUGGUUGCCCCAGCUCACCUUCAGCAAACACCCAUCUUCCUACUCAGGCUAUGCCCUGCCCUGCUUCAGCCAAAGUUCUGCCGCUCCAGCACAGUGCCAGGAGUGAGUCCAUGGAAAGCCCCUGUGGGAAAGCCUCCUUCCUGCCAAGAGCCUCAUGCACUCUGGUCCCAAACUCUCCCCAGCCAUCCUCACUCCUGGAGAUGAGCUCUCAGGAGCAGAAAAUGCCUGCGGACACAGGCAGUGUGCAGAACCACAGGUCCUCAUGUGUAGAAGGAACUGUGGGAGUCCCCAGCGCUAAUUCAGCCAUGGAUAGUGGCCAGCCUUCUGUGGCCACGAGGCACUGUCACAACACACCAGUCACACUCAGCUUCCCCAACAUGAUACAUGGUUUGGAACUUAACCUGCUGGAUGACAGAACCCCAAAUAAACAAGAAACAAAUGCUACUGCAAUGGGAAAAAUGUACUCCUCUAGUGCAACUGUCCCUAAGAAUGGAGAGCCAGUUUUGGCAAAUCUACAUGUCUCUGAAAGUGAAGAUUUGGAUGACCUGUUACAGAAACCAAAAAUAAUCUCCAAGAGGCCCAUCAUGGCCUGGUUUAAAGAAAUCAAUAAGAAUAACCACAGUACCCACAUGCAGAGCAAAACUGAGAAGGAGCCCUAUACACCACCAGCCAGGAGUCCUGACUCCAAAAUCCAGGUGUGGAGCUCAAGCCACAAAAAAGGGGGUGCUAUGCCCAGUAGCCCUCCUCUGCUGAAAGUCAGUCUUGAGAAUAAGGACUCACCUAAAAAAGGAUCAGUGGAAGCACUCUUGAGUAACUGUCAGAAAGCCAAGGGUGGCCCAAAGCUAAAGAGACUCAGCAUCAAAAGUAAAAGCAAAAUUGGCUGCGAGGGGCCUGCUUCAGGCUCUGCUAAGGCCGCCGGGGGAGAUCACAGGAAGUCCUUAGUUUCACCCCAGACCUCCCACAGGAUGCUUCCUAAAGGAGCAUCCCACCAGCUACACACAGCUGACCAUGAGGAACCUGACAGAGACGCCACAGACACCCCCAAGGUUCCCCAGGACAUGCUGGAGAGCAGGCCCGCACUGGCCACCUCUGGUGCGCUAAGGUCCUCAGCAUCAGACACUAGCCUCCGAUCCGUCCCUUCGCUCCUGGCCUCCCCCAGGGCCCUUCCUGAGCAGGGCACAUGUAGUAGGUUCCAUGCCGCGGUCCACUCAGCAGCCAGCAGAGGCUGUUGUGCUGCUCUCCGAUCCCCUCGGGGUGCCAGUGCUGAGCCUGGGCCCAUGAGCCCCACAGCCUCAGGGCCCAGUGUGUCCUCAGCAGGGAUCAGACAGGGAGAGCAGCACACGUGCAGCCCAACAGGCUCGCCAUCAGAGGACCAACCUGGGGGCAGUGGUGAAAAAGGCAAUAGGAGACUUGCCAGUGACCCCCCAGAAAGGACAACCCAGCUGAAAAUAGCUGAGAUUUCUUCUGACAGAAUGCCAAAGACUGCACAUGGUGACAAACCAGCUGCAAGUGACAGACAGGGGGGGAUCUCGGCCCAGAGCCACUGUCAGGAGAAGAGUGAAAUAAGAUCCCACCAGGCAGUGGAACUGUCCCCAAAUCAUGCAUCGCCAAUCAUGUCUCACGCCUCCCCUGCAGAGCAGGAAAUGCAGCGAUCUGUCUGUGUCGCCAAACUGGCUUCCUCCUCUUCCCCUCAACCGCCUCCUAAGAAAGCAGCUUCCCCCCAGGGAGGACCAAGCCGAAUAUCAAACUCCCUAGCAGUGCCCGGGAACGGGACCCCAGUGGGCCCUCUGGGGGAGGACACACCCUACUUCACACCACGGCCGGCCACCAGGACCUACUCCAUGCCAGCCCAGUUCUCAAGCCACUUCGGACGGGAGGGUCUUGCCCCACACAGCCCGGAUCGCCCUCCUCGGGACAGCCAGGUCCCUGUGAAGAGCAGUGGUCACCCACUGGAGGCAAAGGCAUCCGCAGGUGGUGUUGGGGGCCUGCCUAAUGGACAGGGUUUAUACAGUGUAAAGCCUCUGGUGGAAACAUCAAGGAGCCUCCAAACAACGGGUGAAGGAGACAUCGUCUCAGUCCAGGAGGCCAGCUGCCUCACCUCGGACAAAGUCAGAGUCACCAGAAGGCACUACUACUAUGAGCAGAACUGGCCCCUCGAAUCUACCUCAUUCUUUUCUGUGAAGCAAAGGAUCAAGUCCUUUGAGAACCUGGCCAAUUCCGAUCGGCCCACAGCUAAGGCUGGGGGGUCCCCAUUUUUGUCUGUGAGCACCAAGCCUCCGGUGAGCAGGCGGUCUUCUGGAAGCAUCACCUCUGGGAGCCUCUGCCAUGCCAGUGACGCCGCAGCGAGGUCCCUGAGGCGCAGCUUGAGCUCCUGCAGUGAAAGCCAGAGUGAAGCCAGUGCCCUCCUCCCGCAAAUGACCAAGUCCCCGUCGAGCACAAUGCUGGUCGUUUCUCGGCAGAACCCACUGGAGACCAUCGGCAAGGGUCUCAAUUCAAACCAAAAGAAGUCCCUGGUUCCUGUGGGGAUUCCUGCCCCCACAGUGACCCCACCCUCUCCCUCCAGGAAGAGUAAGUCCUCCGUGCGCCACACACAGCCCUCACCUGUGUCGCGCUCUAAGCUGCAGGAGCUGAGAGCCCUGAGCAUGCCGGAUCUGGACAAGCUCUGUGGCGGCGAGGAUUACCCUGCGGGGCCCACUGCUGUCAUCUUCAAAACCCAGUUGGAGAUUGUCCCCAGGAGGUCAUGCAGUGGCCCCCUGGAAGGAGCCCUUCCGCCCAGCGAGCCUGCAGCACCCAGAGCAGCCAGCGAAGGGCGAGGGCCGGGCCAGGGCCUGCCUUUGGGGAGGAGCUGGUCAAUUAAUUUGGAUCAACUCCUCGUCUCAGCCGAGGACCAGCAGAGAUUACAGGCCGUGCUGGAGUCAGUGGGGUCGAGAUCGACCAUUCCAGCUCUGCUUCAGGAAGCGAAAGCACAAUCUGAGAAUAAAGAAGAUAUUUGCUUUGUAGUGUUGAAUAAAAAAGAAGGCUCAGGUCUUGGAUUCAGCGUGGUAGGAGGGCUCGAUGUGGACCUGAAAUCAGUCAUGAUCCACAGGGUGUUUUCUCAGGGGAUGGCUUCUCAGGAAGGGACUAUGAGCCGAGGGGACCUUCUUCUCUCUGUCAACGGUGCCUCGCUGGCCAGCUUGGCCCAGGGCGAUGUCCUAAAGGUUCUGCAUCAGGCACAGCUGCACAAGCAGGUUCUGGUGGUCAUCAAGAAGGGGAACAACCAGAUCAGGCACUCCGUCAGGCAGGAGUUUCGCGCGGCCAAUGGGAAGGGUUCACUGACCAAAAACGCCACCUCGCCGGAGCCUGGAACUGGGCGGGGCGGAGCUGCUCUGUGCGUGGAAGUGCUGAAGACCUCAGCUGGGCUGGGACUGAGUCUGGAUGGAGGCCACUCGUCGGUGUCUGGAGACGGACCCCUGCUCAUCAAAAGGGUCUACAAAGCAGGUGGUGCAGCAGAGCAAGCUGGAACAAUAGAAGCUGGAGAUGAAAUUCUUGCUAUUAAUGGGAAACCCCUGGUUGGGCUCAUGCACUUCGAUGCCUGGAAUAUUCUCAAGUCUGUUCCAGAAGGACCUGUGCAGUUGGUAAUUAGAAAGCAUAGGAAUUCAUCAUGAAUUUUAACAAAUACCUUUCCUCAGUUCUCAUAUUUUAGCAAAUCAAAAUGACUUAAAUGACGGGCUGAGACAACAAUGGGAGAGACCAGGAUACAAAACUUCCCAACUUUGUCCUUACACACGAAGUCUGACCUGUUGUGUUGCCCCAACAACGAAGGUAAACUCCAGAAGCUGUUCACCUGGAUUACCAGGCUGGGGGUGUUUUGUUCCAGUGCCUAUCUGUCCCCUCCUCUUACGUUGGCGGGGGAUACACAAGGUGACAUGCCCUUCUUUAUCUGACACACCUAGCUACACCUCCACAUCGCCUUCGCCCCAUCAUCUCCCAGCAUAUAAUCCUGAGUAGGGAGGGACCCGAGGGGUGACACGUGUCACAGCUAAGACUAUAGUUUAAUAUAAUUUUGUAAGUAAAUGAUACAGUGCUCUUAGGCACAUGUGAUGGAAAGAGGAGCUAUAGCUAGGUAGAUAUUACCCUGAAAAGAAAAUGAAUAAUGACCUAGUAAGUAGGCUGAGCUCAGGAAUUAUCCCAGGAAUUAACUGAAAAAGCAAAAUACAGAAAGUAUUUUAAUGAGUGUACUGUACAAUGUAUGGAUGCAGAGUUCAACUCAAUGAGUUGACUAUGAAGUACUGAUCAUUUUCUACUUCUGCAAGUUUAAGUCAUACAGCUGUUUUACAGAGUAACAGUCCCGUGAAACGAUACUACAAGAGCUGCGAACUUCGCUGCUGGACGGAGCAGGAAGUUCCAGAUCUGCAAGCACUUUGCAUCUAGCUUCAAACUGGUCUUGAGGAAGUGCUAGAAUUCAAGACUAGUCUCUCCCAAAAGCAGGCAAAAUUUUCAGUCACCAAUUUCUACAUUUUAUGCACUCCACUUACUCACUGAAAUUUCAGCAAUCAACUAUCUUUUUAGUGCCCUUAGAUUCAGAGACGUGGGCUAUUUAAAAUCCAAAUUGAAAUGUUUGACUUUAGCCUGGGAGACCUGUCUGCGUUUUCCCCUCUUCCCAAUACACUUGAGUAAUGGAUCUCUUUUCUUUGAUCUGGUACAAUGACAAAGCUCUGCGGUGACUGAAAGUUUCUUUUCCUGUUUUGCAAAUUCUUCCUUUUGCCAAAACUUUUCCUGAAGACUAUUGUGACUCAUGCUGCUUGUCAGACUCCCCUGGCUGCCAUUAGCUUCUUUGAAGUGGCCGUCCCUUCACUUUUCUCCCCUCCCGCUCUACCUUAUUUUCCUAAAUUCCAAAGCCUCACAAGCUUGGUUUACCAAAAGAACAAGGAAGAAAAAUGGAAAAACAGGGUGAGUCAAGGUAAAAGAUCAUGCAAUAGUUACAAUCCAAAUCCUCGGGUGGCGCAGGCCAGCCCGUUGAAUCCUAGGAAUACGGGUGGAGAUUGCAUUUGUCAUACCUGAACACAUGAUGCUGAAAUUUUAUGUUGGCGAUUUCUUUACAUAACUUACAGCUACGUCUAUAACUACAAGCCUUGGACCGCAGAAAUACAUGAGCUAUCACCUUUGUACAUCAUUUUUCUGAGUGACCUACCCUGCUCCCUGCUAAAUACCUAUGGAGCUAGCCCAGAGAGGUCCCUCGGAUGGGAGUGACGUAUCUGGCCCGAGCCCAGAUUUCUCAUUUUUCAACAGCUUAUACAGAGGAAUAUGUAUUACAGGAGUUAGCUAGAAAACCUGAUCGAUUUAGCUUCUACUUUUCAUUGCAGUUACAGGUAGGAUACUAUAGGAAGUCAGUGCAAGGUGCAUGCUUGAUUGUUUUUUUAAGUCUCUGGGGUCAGUUUUAUGGUUUCUGCUUUCUUGCCUAAAUGAUGAGAUUUGAAGUCAACACUGAAAACCAAUUUGUCCUCCAUUCUUAAGUUAUGUCGAUAAGGAAUUCAUAGUCAUAUGUGAUCAGACAGGAAUUUCUGGAGCAAAAUGGAGCCACGUGGCAGGUCCUGAGUCCCUAAUCCUCAUGUCUGAAGGGUACAGGGGAACUUCUGGUCUUGCCAGAAGGGUUCCCCUGCCAACAGGAGGAAUGAGACAAGAAGCAAAAACUAAGCUGUCUUUGACCCUGAGAUAGAGAGCUAUUUAUUUGUCUUCGGUGUUCAAGGCAUGACUAGUAUUUCUAAUUAGUCUAAUAAAUUCCCACACUUCCUGAAGUGAACACUAAUGGUAUUGUCCUACUAAAACUCCCAUUGUUUGUUUUUUGUUUUAAUCUGGUCAGUCAUCCACAGUGAGCUAUGAGGGUAAAUAUGUGUUUAACAUGUAAAUCGUAGUUGCAAGAAUGUACCAUGAAGGCUGAGGAGCCUGGGUUUUCGUUUCCAACAUCCCACACGCGUCUCGUUGAAUUGUACGGUUGAUCUAACUGGCACCACACAUGUUGUAUGAUAUUAUACAUUAUCCUUUAUUUAUGUAAAAUAAAAUGCCUUAUAUAUUAAAGAGUAAGUGCAAUAAUAUGAAAUAGCCUGUACAUUUUAAAAUGUUGUCACCAAGUUAUGUAAAUCCACAUGUGUAAACAACUUUUUUAAGUA